AUGGCGGUUUCUGCCCAAACACUAUGCAUUGUUUUUUUUGUUUUCUUCUCUCUUUCUGGAAAAGCCAAUGCAUUCGGUGCCGGAAACAUUGCGUCAAUUUCCAAGAUCGAGGGACAGAAUUGGCGCCAUGGAGACAUUGAGGAUGCCCUUCUGACCCUGUUCUUAGCUCGUGCAGCCGGCGGUCGGAAGUUCAGCAAGCUUGAUGUUCAGCGUGUUUAUUUUGGGAAUUGGCUGCGGGACUAUAGCCAAGCUGUUGACGUUGGAACUGUGAAAUAUGUUAGUGCCGAGGCCAUUCGGAUUCUUUUAUGGGUCCUUGGGUUCAUGAGUUUUGGGUAUGGUACGAAGGAGUUCGAAGUCACGACAGAACGCCUUGGUUGCUAUCAGCCCACUGAACACAUUGAUAAUCCUCUUGGAUACGCUGAAGGCGAAGACGCCCGCAACUAUGACCGGCGUCUCAGGGGUCCUGUUGAUAAGAAACGUGAAUUGGCUAUUGAUCCUAGGACAGGCCUCAAGAACUACAUAGCAAAUGAGCGCAUGGACAUUGCAACCUCCGCUGCUCUUGUGCGACAAGUCUUGGGCCGAUCCGUUCAAUUGGGACGAAAGUAUGCAAGAUCAAAUAACGAUGAAGAUUUGCAUGAAGCCCUCCGUCUUCUUGGGACCGGCCUGCAUUGCCUGGAAGACUAUGCCGCCCACUCCAAUUAUGUGGAGUUGAGUCUCAUCGAACUUGGUGAAUCGGAAGUUUUUCCUCAUGUUGGACGGAAUGCUAUGGUUGAAAUUGAAGAGGUUUCGAAUCCAGUCUAUCCUAUUGUAACAGGCACCUUCGGAGGCGUGGACUUUUUCCACUCGGUGCUUGGUGAAAUAUCAGAUAAAACGACGCAGUCCGAGAUUCAAUCGUUGGAAGGUGUUAUUAAUGAAUCUCAAGCUGGUUCGCAGCCCCAAAGCUUACUUCGGGACUUGUUGAGCAAGAUUCCCGACGGACUGAUCGGCAACAGCGAUGAGAAAGUUGGUAGGAUGGAUGAACUGAAAGCUGAAACAAACAACACAAAGGAAAGAAACAAACACGUUUCUCCGCGCAAACCUGAAGAGUGGGCUAAAUAUUUGGAUGACGUCCAAAAGCAGAUUUACCCCGUUCUGGAGUGGCAUGACGACUUGCUCAAGUCUAUCAACAACGCGAUCGAAAAAAUUCCGGUUUUGCCAGACCUGAUCGAGCAAGUUUCAGAGCAAAUCUCGGUCGCUGUUUUUUCCAUUCUCGCUCCCUUAGUUCUGCCUAUCAUUCAACAGGUGAAGGCAGAGCUUCAGACAGGAUCAUCUGAAGUUAUCCAGAGUAGCAGAGAGCAACAGCAUAUUGUCUUCAACGAUGAUUAUUGCAGCGACCCCACCCACUCGAUGCUUUCCAAAGAUCAUUUCUCCAAUGUUCUCAAUGAACCUGCUGGUCGUGUCGCUUCUCAAGUUGUCAAAUGGACCGUGCCACAGCUGAUGGAGCUAUGGGAUGAUGAUGAGGCUGAUAUCAAGACCACCUUGGAUAGAAUUGUUUCUGGUGUUUUCCACCACCCGACAUUACGUCGCGGCGGAAGAGAUGGUUCCAGAGAUAUUCGCCAAAUCAUGUUCGAUACCGUGAGAGAAUGGUGGGAAGGUAAGUCGAGGCAUGAACUUGAUAGCCUCCGUGAGCAGCUUUCUCGCAGUGGCGUUAAGCAGGGCAAGAAUCAUAAAGAGGGUGUUCAUGACUCUGGUCACGGUUGCGGAAAGCCGCUUACCACACACAAAAGCGGCUCCCAAAACCCGGGCCAAGGCCACAAAUCUGAAACUAGCGGAAUCGAAAAGAUAGCCUCAGAAGCUGCUGGCGGGGGGGCGCUUGGUGGCCUUGUUGGUGGACUUGUGAGUGGCGUCGGGUCGAUGAUACUUGGCAACGAGUCCAAGGGAGACUCGAAACCUGUGCAGGGAAGAGAUUACGGUAGCGGCCAGGAAAGACGAGAGCAUACAUAUGAGCAACAUCACAAAGCAUAUCACUCCUCAACUCAACGUCCUGGGGACCCUGUCGAGGAACUUGGACAGCGGGAGCGCCACCAUCGCAAGCAUCAUAGUCAAGAGAGCCAUGUCCCGGUCGAGAGCAGUGACGAUUCUGAUAAUGAUCGCAGAAGGCACAAGCAUCACCACAGGCAUUCCAGCAAACAUCGGAGCCGAGAGCGUUCCAAAGACCCUAGUAGCGGCUCUGAAAAUGAGGGAACACGGCGCCAAUACCAUUAUAGCCAGCGUGAGAAAACAUAUGAUGAAGGCCGAGUCAGAUACGUCCAACAGGAUUCGGAGGAAUACAGGCCCGGGCGUGCUGAAAGAACUGAAUACUCAGAAUUGAGUUAUGGGCAUGACAGCCGCUCGUCACACCGCCAUGAACAGCAGGGAUACUCGCAGGACAGCAGGCCUAAACAGUAA